AGAGUGUCUGGGGUGAAUGGAGGUGGAAGUGGAGGCAAGCGCUAGCAGGCAGGGCAGGGGAGUGACAUCGGAGGGGGAGAGAGUGAGUGAGCGGGGAGCAGGGGUGAGGAUUUUUCCUAGGGACUGAGCGUUGCGGGCAGCUCGGUGUGAAAGGCGGAUUUUCAGCUGAAUUCUCAUCUCUCAACACUGGCAAAUAUUCAUAAGAUCUACCACACCCUUAAUAAGCUAAAUCUAACAGAAGACGUUGGCCAAGACGAUCACCAAACAGGAAGCCUGCGAUCUUGUAGUUCUUCGGACUGCUUUAGUAAAGUGAUGCCGCCGAGGAAAAAGAGAAGACCUGCCUCUGGAGAUGAUUUAUCUGCCAAGAAAAGUAGACAUGAUAGCAUGUAUAGAAAAUAUGAUUCAACUAGAAUAAAGACUGAAGAAGAAGCUUUUUCAAGUAAGAGAUGCUUAGAGUGGUUCUAUGAAUAUGCAGGUACUGAUGAUGUCGUAGGUCCUGAAGGCAUGGAAAAAUUUUGUGAAGACAUUGGCGUUGAACCAGAAAAUGUAGUUAUGCUUGUCCUAGCUUGGAAAUUGGAUGCACAAAAUAUGGGUUAUUUUACUCUACAGGAAUGGUUAAAAGGAAUGACUUCUCUACAAUGUGAUACAACAGAAAAACUCAGAAAUACUUUGGAUUACUUAAGAUCAUUACUAAAUGAUUCUACAAACUUUAAACUUAUUUACAGAUAUGCAUUUGACUUUGCACGGGAAAAGGACCAGCGCAGCCUAGACAUAAACACUGCCAAGUGCAUGUUGGGACUGUUAUUAGGAAAAAUCUGGCCCCUUUUUCCAGUUUUUCACCAAUUCUUAGAGCAAUCAAAAUACAAAGUUAUUAACAAAGACCAGUGGUGCAAUGUGCUAGAGUUUAGCAGAACAAUUAACCUUGACCUCAGCAACUAUGACGAAGACGGCGCAUGGCCGGUGUUGUUGGACGAGUUUGUGGAGUGGUAUAAAGACAAACAGAUGUCCUAGGACUUGAUGCAUAGCAGCGCGAGAGUCACUGUUACCACAGUUAUGUCAACCAUUAGCCAUAAAUUGCUGUUUGUAUCAAAGCGCAUGCUGCUUUUCUUGCACUGUCUCCCUUUUGCAGGGACGUUUUUGGUGUUUGCUAUUGAAUGGGCCAGCUCUGCCUGCUGUGUAGCAUUGUUCUCUUGGAAGGCUGCUUUGCAGUUUGUAUUUACACUACAGAUUGGUGAAUUUGCCAACGUCCUCACUGUGAUUAUGUGUAUAUUGCUGUUUAAAUUUUGUAUAUGUGUAUAAAAAGAAAAAGCUUCACCUAGAGAUUAUUUCUGCAAAAAUGCAUUGUAAAAAUAAUUUUUGUGGCAUAUUUCUAGUCCCUUUUUUCAAAUGAACCAAUUAUACUUUAUUUGGUCUCAAAUGUAGCAUUUCAGAAAACAAGACAGAACAACUGUUAACCAUAAGUAAAUGUUGCCAGGAUUCACCUUAUUGUUCAAGAGGCCAAUUUUUGGAAGAGGGUGGGAGUUGUAACUUUGCGGAGGCAUAUGCCAAAUAUGAUUUGGUUUACUGAAUGUGAGCAUUUUAAAUGAUGAGACUGAUCAUUAUUUGAACAUAUAGACAUGCACUAUGUCACCAGUCAUUUCCAGUGUGCAAGGUAUAGGUUUUUCUUUUUUAGUGUUAAAAAGCUGUAGUAAUUUGAAUAUAGGUACAAAUGAACAAACUAAAUUUGCACCAUUUUUUUAAAUGGAAUGGUUAUAAACUCUUACAAACUUUCUUCAGUGGUUUUUCUUUCUCUUUUGCAUUCUUUUUGUCGGUAUUUGGUCUGCUGAUGCAUUCUCUGCCAUUCUGAGUAAAAUUUGUUUUGCCUCCUCCAUGGAAACCCAGUGGUUUGCUGGCAUUUUAUAAUUGCAGAGCAAUUUUAGUUGUGGCUUGAAGUUUUAGUUAAGCUUUCAUGGUAUCUAAUUUUUUAGUUUUUUGGAAAAAGAGCUCUAUUAUAAGUGAGAGGUGUUUUGUUUUGUUUUGUUUUCCUUUUUGUUUCUUUCACGCUAGGCUUUUCCCUGGCAGAAUGUCCUCUGCAGGCAGUGGACACGAAACCACCAGCAUUGUGCUAACCCUGUCACAUAGUAGGACCUUUCCUGGAGAGCACUCAACGUUACCUGAGUGAUUUGUACACAGAGGUGAUAGCCUUUAUUUAUGUGGAUGAGAAAACAGGACAGGAUUUUUAGGUUUGUAUUUUAUGUCUUUUUUUUUUCCCUCCCCUUGCCUUACUAUUUUUAGGAAAUGUAUAGAUGACAUUUUUUUCCCCUCAACUAUCUGGUGCUAUUGAAUGACUAACUUAGCCCCUAAAGUUUUGUGAAAAUACAAAAGUCUGAUGAUUUCAACCGAGUAAAAAGCUCCCGGGGCGUUUGAGUUAAGUGAGUGCUACUGCUGUGAGCAAGAUCGUGAUUGAACGAGUAACAGCUGAAAGAGGUUCGGAUCAUUUCAAAAUCUGGCUUGAAAAUCUGGAAUAAAUGUGAACCUUUAAAUGCCAUUAAAUGAGCAAAGCACACAGCUACUCUUGACCACUAUUUCACAGUUUUUUUGCAAGCAGUGUUCAGAUUUUCAUUUUUUUUUCCUGUCACCGAACCACCAAAACUAGAAAUUUUGUAUGUAUAUACAGCGUGUGCACACAUAUUAAAUCAUGGUCUGGUAGAAUUACUUCCUUUUUCUACCAAGUAGAAAGGUUUGGUUUGCUGUGAAGUAAACCGGAAGUUUGAAAAACUCUAGUGAUUAAGCAUACUCAGUCAUUCCUUGUUUCGGGAUUGUAGACUCACUUUUCCCUUGUAAGUUCAUACCAGUUUGCGCACGUUAAUACCUGAAAAGAACAGGAGAGUUCGUGGCAGGCGUCGCCCUGGAGACCGGCGUGUGGGAAGGGGCUCCGCUCCCACGGCGGCGCCCUGCCAGCGGCGAUGGCCGCGGGUUCAGGUCUGUGGAGAACUUGAUUCAUUUCAGAGAUAUCCCUUGAAGUUUAAAAAAAUAGUCAUAAUGUGAAGUCAACAGUUCUGAAAUUUGGUCAACUAUAAAUCAGAAGUGAAUAUAUAAAUAUAAAUCAUAGAUUAAAUUAUUUUAAGUUAUUGUUAGAGACUAGAGACUUUUAAACACUAAGCACAGUUAAUCCUAAAAUAAAGGACUGUUACAGGGGAGACGUUACAUUUCGUCCACAGUGACCAUUUGAUGAUGGGGGGACAACCCAAGUUAACUACUUCAUGAGGUGUUCUAUGAAAGUAUUCUAAAGAGAUUAUCUUGCAUAUGUAGAAAACUCCAAAUAAUCUUUAAACUCCCUUGAAAAAUAAACCUCUGACGGCAGAGUGCCUGCCCUUGGUUUUCUUGAUUUUAUGCAGUUAUUUUUAAGGGGCGGGAAAGGGAUCAGAUAAUAAGAUACCUUUUCUCUAAAAUGUCCCUCAGUUACGUGACACUGAGCAAUCAUCAAGCACUUAUUACUGGCUAAUGUUAAAUAAAUCAGGGUGCCUUCUUCUGGUUUUCUUCAUGGCCCAAGCCGACACCCUUCCUCCCUGUCCAUUGUGUUCUGAGCUCCACGUUGCAAUACUCCGUCGUAAGGGAAUACGACUCGGAGACGUUUACUGCUGCGGUAGGUCAGAAACUUCAUGAUUUCGUUUGCCAUAAACAUCCACUGUAAUGUUACUUGCAGCUGUUUUGAAGCAUGAACUCUGAAUUAAGUUUUUCAUAAAUCUGACUAGACAAACCUCCUGGUUUAACAGCAGAUUUCUGUUGCCUCUCAGUCUCCAUUUUAACAGUGCUUUUGAAGUUUAUACAGAAAGCUUUAAAAGUUUGUUUGUGCCCUUGGUUUUUAUUCUUACAACUGCUAAAAUACCUCUGUAAGCCUUAUCUUUUAUUCCUUAAUGUGUUACGUUGUAUAAUAAAUGUAUAGAAUUCAUCGCCCAACUACAAUGUUGGAUGUCUGUAAAUGAGACCAAAACGUGGGUUGCUUUUUUCAUAAAAUAAUUUCCUUCGGGGGGUUACUGUUAAACAAACAGCAGCUAACCUGUAACUGUGAACGCUUCGUGUCGUCAGUAUUUGCAUCACAUCCACACACGUGUGCAAGUCCUGUGACUCCCAGCCUAAUCAGAUACUGUUAUGCCACCUAACUUGAGUACAGCAAACUGGUUUAGGUUUUAACGGAAUUGAUGUAAGAUGAUAGCCCAUAAAUAAAAAGUAUUUGUGUUUGGUUUCAGAA